CGAAAAGAGAGAGAAAAAAGAAAUCCCUGCGAUUCUACAUUCGAUUACUGAAGGUCGACGGUGGCGACGCUCAGGCAGCUGCCGUGGCUCGCCGCGCCUUCUCUCUCCGACCGAGUCGCCGGCACCUUUAACUCCGGUCUGCUUUUGAUUAAUUCACUCCUCCAAUUCACAUCCCUAAAUACUCUCUGAGAUGGAGAGUUCAAUGAUUUCAAAAGGACGAUACAAAUACGUACAUGAUGUGAAGAUGGGCCCACCGGAAGCCAUUGAUAUUCACCAUAUCAUCUUCGAAAGCAGAGGUGCUGUGUAUCUCGCAUUCUUCCGAUAUGCUCUUCUAUUUGCCAUUGUAGCUCUCUUAUUAUUUCAGAACACGAUGAGUUUCCCCCAACUAUUGACGCCAGACAAUCCAGUUUCUAUUGUUCUUUGGAGCUUUACCUUUGCUAGUUUACUCGUAAGACAGUUGCUAAGAAAGCAAGUUGAGAAAGGGACUGUCAUAAUUUUGCCAGCUUUUGGGAUUCAACUCGAGACUAGUUAUAGAAGUGGGACAACAGUUCGUCGGUUUGUUCCAAUGGGCAAGAUCUUGAAACCUGUCCUUAACGAAUGUCUGACUCCAGUUACCUGCUACUGGAGCCUGUCUCUAAUUCUACGUGGAGAGGAAGAACUCUUGCUAGUGUUCAAGGAAUUAUAUCCUCCUGUCACGAUGCUAGUUCCCAUUUGGAAGGCUGUGUGUGGUGCCAUAAACGACGAAAAACGCACCCCGAAGCAGUAGAAGUGGAAAUUAUUAUUUUUUUCGAGGAUUGAGCGAAUUUAAGAGGAUUGCGCACGAAAAGAAAAGAAAAAAACGGCAGAUAGAAUAUAAUAGAUCCAUAGUUUGAAGUUGAAGGUUACCUUUUAUCGAGUUGAAAUGUAUAAAUGGAACAGCAAUUGCCAAUUAGAACAUCCUUUUCUUCUUCUUCA